AUGGCAGUAGAAAAUGUUCAGCGUGUAAUUGGUGAAUUGGCGGGAAUAUUUCAACGAGUUGCAACAAUGAUUGCUCAUCAAGAAGAAAUGAUACAAAGAAUAGAUCAAGAUCUUGAUCAUUCUAUGCAUCAUAUAAGGGAAGGGCAACAUGAAUUAUUAAACUUUUAUAACCGUAUUUCCUCCAAUAGAUCACUCAUCAUUAAGGUGUUUUUAAUGUUGAUGGCAUUCAUAUUGUUUUUCGUCUUCUUUCUUAGUUAA